AUGGCACAGAGCUUUAGCACCCUUGCUGGGAUGCCAUCCGGCCCUGAAUAUUUGAUAGUGUCAGGAUCAAAUCAGUCAAUAUCUGCAUCUGUGGGUGAGAAUGUAACUCUGAGCUGCUCUGUGAACUCUCACAUCAAACCUGAAGAGAUUGAAGAGGUUUCAUGGAAGAAAACAGAUAAAGAUGAAGACAUCCUGGUUCUUCUCUAUCAAAACAAUGAAACUUUAUCAGAAUCAUCAGAUGAGCGAUACAGAGACAGAGUUGAGUUCUUCACUGAUGAAAUCCACAGAGGAAACUUCUCUCUCAGACUGAAGAGAGUCAGAACUGAAGAUAAAGGAGUUUACAUCUGUCAAGUGUUUAAUGGACGACUUUCAGCAAACACAACUGUGAUACUGGAGAGACUGGGUUUCUCAGCUCUACAUAUAAUGGUGUUGAUUCUCUGUAUUGCUGCAUGUGGAUCGGCUCUUCUGUUCUGCCCUCUCACAUACUGUACAUUAAAGAAUAAAGGCAUAAAGCUGCUGCUUCAUGUUUGUCUUCACUUUUGCCCAAAUAUUAUGAUGUUUCUGGCUUCGGUCCUCUGGUAUGCUGCUGAAGGAUCUUUAUAUGAAACAGUCUCUUGCUGUACUCUCUAUAUUUUGAGGCCUCUGAGGUUGUUUUGGGUUACACCCCAUAUCAGUGAUUUUCCAGACACAAUUAUUAACCGUAUUAAGUCUUCAGAUGCUGAUCAGUAUUUUCCUGCUGUUAUGGUAGUGAUGUAUUCAGCUCUGUUAGCAGAACAUUUCAAAGACUUCAACACAAUCACUGUGAUGAAUAUCUGUGUAUUACUGGCCCUGCUGUGUCUGAGCUUUGUCACACGUGAGUGAUGUCAUCUCAAAUUUUUUUAAAUGCACAAACACUUUAAAACUUUAAACAGUCAGAAUGUUAUUUAUGUUUUUUUUUCAGAUACGUUUUUAUGUUAUCAUUUUAUAGAGGAAACAGUUUUAUGCACUUUCAAACUGACCUCAAUACAAUCUAGGACAAUGUGAAUAUGUCAGCCUUUGUUUUAAUAUACCUUCUUAAAAUUUAGGUGUA